CAUACAAAAGCGGAGGCUGCUUUUCCGCCUCCGUGUGGGAAGCUACCGAUGCCGUCCUCAUUCCCAUCCACGGCCAUGGCUUCCUCCUCCUCCUCCACAUCGGAAAAUCCCCGGAUCUCCGAUCAUUUAGCGCUGGCGACGGCUCCGAUCUCGGGGAGGGUGGCGGUGACCGCGUGUGCGGCCAUGGCAUUCUUCUACGUCGCGAUACUCUACUCUCCUGCCCUAAUCCUUCGCCUUCCUCCACCGGCCUCGCUCGAAAGCUUCAUGAUCCGGCGGUUCGCCUGCGCUGUCGUCUCCUCUGCAGUCUCUGUAAUCUCCUGCCUCUUCCUCCUCGGACUUGGGAGACUCGACGAUUUUCCAACUAUUCUGGGUGUUCUUGGGAUCAGGCGCGACCACUUGUGGCAAGCUGCGGUCUUUCCUAUCCUACUGACAUCCUUGAUAUAUGCCGGGUCAUUCGUUUCAAAGUCAUGGAAGCUUGUCAGUAGAUGGAAAGAUGAAGGUAGAGAAAAUUCUUUCUGCAGUGUUGGAAUUUAUGGGCGUAGAUGUAAAGAUUGGGUCUGUGCAUACGCGCGGAAUGUUAUGGCUUGGCGUAACUAUGUGGUGGCACCAAUCACUGAAGAGCUUGUUUUCAGGGCCUGUAUGAUACCAUUGCUUCUUUGUGGAGGAUUUGGAACUUAUAGUAUUGUAUUUCUCAGUCCAAUUUUCUUUAGUUUAGCUCAUUUAAAUCAUUUUUUGGAGCUAUACUACCAGCAAAAAUAUAGCUUUAUGAAGGCUUUCCUGAUUGUAGGACUCCAGCUUGGUUAUACCGUGAUAUUUGGAUGGUACACAUCUUUUCUCUUCAUUCGAACAGGGAGCCUAAUAUCUCCCAUUGUAGCGCAUAUAUUCUGUAAUGUGAUGGGUCUGCCCGUGUUGUCAUCUCCAAGGACGAAAGGGACUGCAACUAUAGCUGCUGCAGCUGGUCUGGUUGGUUUCUUGUAUCUUUUGUUUCCAGCCACAAAUCCAGAUAUGUACAAUCAACUGAGAGAUGGCUGCCGCUGUUGGCACCGUUAUUGUGGUUGGAGUUGAUAUCGAAGUUGGUUUGUAGGAAUGAUGGGGCCUUUACAAGUCAUCUAAUAGAAUUUAAGAGCCCCUGCGACAUCUGAUCAGACAACAAGAACGGUCAAAACACUAUUUGAUUCCUUGGCUCAUAACCAGAGGUUGGCUUCUAGCAGCAGGUAAUUCUUUUUUCUCUUUUUCUAGAUAUUUGUUGAAAACUCCAUGCUUAUUAUAUGCAUAUUGGAGAAGGGAUAUUCAUGGUAAACAACAGAUGCCCUUUAAAAAGAUAUCACAAGUGUUGCUCUUCUCUUCGUGACAUAUUAUUGUCAGGAGUAGACAGUUUUUUUUAGCAUAUUUCAACUUCAUUAGCGAGCCAUUUAUCCAAUCCCAAGAUAAGGUUGAUUGAUCUAAGAUUCACAUAAAUCGUGCAUCCAGCAGGUUUGGCUCAUGCUCAUGUACAGGUAGUGUUCAUGGAGCCUCACGACUCUUCCUUUCUUGUUUGUUUUGACAUGAUGAUUGCUUUCAUGUGGGCCCAAGUAGGACAUCCUGAUGGGACUGUGAACUCGAGAUCAUAUGACGUGUUGCGGGCGAUGGUCAACCUCAUCCGGAGAAACCAAAUGUCAUAGACUCCCAUUGGAUGCAAUCUUGCGCUGGGUCUGAAGAAACUCUUUGUGCCACUUGCACCUUGGUAUGCCAUGCUGUCACGAACGGUCGUCGCGCACCCGCAACAAUUUCGUUCAACGAACCGUUCGUCGCUCACACCCGCAUGUACAGCUGUUUGACAGCAUGUUUUCUUAUGGUUUUGGGUCAUUUUGCUUGUAAAUAUGUAAGUUCGAACAAGCUGCAGCGUUGCAAAGCGACCGUUCACCGAACCGAGCAAAACAACCUCAAAACAGCCCAAAACGGUUUCGUUUUCGCGUGCCGCGGGAGGUGAGCGGAGUGUUGCCUCCGCUCACCAAAAUGUCAGCCAGCUCAGACCCCAGGAACCCCCCGGGUGGCACAUGGCUGGAUGGGGCUUCGGUUAUAUACCGGGCGUUGAACACUCUUUCGCAAGUUCGCACGUGACCUUUACGGGAACUUGGUGUUGCGUCCGGGACCAGGUGAGCGGCUGUUUGUGGGCUUGCAGCUGUUCGUUCAUCCUUGAAAGCCUUGUUUUUCUCCCUCUCCCUCUUUUCUCUUGUGCACACAAGGUGUUCGACGAAUUGCUUGUAAAGCUUUCUUUUUCGCGA